AUGCUUACCGUCCGACGUAUCGUCUAUUCCGCUAAAUGGACUCGUCUCGCCAGCACCUCUGUGCACGGAGACAAGUACAAGGUCAUCGUAGUUGGCGCUGGUAGUGCUGGCUUGUCUGUUGCGAAUCAAGUGUACAAUCGCUUCAAAUCUGCUGGAAAACCUGUGAACAGCGGAGACGUUGCCAUUAUUGAUUCUGCAGAGUUUCAUUAUUAUCAACCUGGAUGGCAUGUCAUCUCCCUUCCGAUACCUCCACCGACCUUGGUCGGCUCUGGUCUCAAACAAAAGACUGAAUUCCGCCGACCCUUGGCGUCGUUAAUUCCCAAACACUUGACCCACGUCAAUGAGAAUGUCAAGUCUUUUUCCCCCGAAACCUCUUCAGUAACGACAGCAUCCGGGCGCAAUCUCACCUAUGAGACACUCGUGGUCGCGACAGGCCUCCAGAUUAACUGGAAUGCCAUUCAAGGCCUUCCCCAGGCACUCUCUGAUUUGACAUCUGGCGUCUCAUCUAUCUAUUCAUAUGACACUUGCGACAAAGUCUGGGCAGACAUUGAAUCCCUUCGGUCUGGUAAUGCCGUAUUCACCCAACCAGCUGGGUUCGUCAAGUGCGCCGGAGCUCCUCAAAAAAUCAUGUGGAUGGCCUGGGAUAGAUUCAGAAAGACCGGCAAGGGCGAGAACAUCAAGGUUGAUUUUUACACCGGCAUGCCCACAAUGUUCAGUGUCAAGAAAUAUUCGGAUGCUCUAAAUGCACUUCGCGUUCAACGCGGUGUCGGCGGUCACUUCCAACAUAACCUUGUCGCGAUCGACUCUGCCAACCAUAAAGCCACUUUCGCCAAGAGCGACGGGUCAAAACUCGAUGUGGAUUAUACCCUGCUGCACGUCACACCUCCGAUGGGUCCCUUGGAUUUUCUCAAGGGCUCACCCAUAGCUGACAGCGCAGGAUGGGUCACCGUCGAUCAAGGUACUCUGCAACACAUUAAGCCAGAGUAUGCCAAUAUAUUUGCUCUUGGAGACUGCUCAUCCUUGCCUACCUCUAAAACUGCUGCAGCGGUCACCGCACAAGCCCCUGUACUUACUGAGAAUCUCUUCUCUUUCAUGGACACAGGCAAGAUUAGCCACGCAAGAUAUGAUGGCUACACUAGCUGUCCACUUUUGACCGGUUACGGCGAAUUAAUGCUCGCCGAGUUCAAAUACGGUCUUGAACUGAAAGAGACAUUUUCCUUCCUUGAUCAAUCAAAGAGCAGGAGGUUGUUCUACCACCUCAAAAAGGAUAUUUUCCCAGCUGCUUAUUGGAAUUUCAUGGUUCGCGGGCAGUGGUUUGGUACCAACGGGAUCUUCAGGCCCCGCUUUUAAAAUGUAGCAAGGGUACACAAUGUCGUUAUUUAUAGGUUCAUGGUAAAUACAUAUUACUAAUAUGGGUCUUACUAUCUUGGACUUUCUCACGGUGU